CCUUCCCGAUUUUAUUCGGAGACAUAUAGAAAACGUCAUUGCGUGUUUGUGGGACUACGUCUCUGAUUUUCAGUACAGUCUUAGUAACUUUCAUCUAAGCAAUCACCAUCAUUCAAGUGUAUUGAUAUAAAACUCACUAGUACUAGGCCAGUCCGAUUCGACUAACAUCAUCAAUGUAAGUAACACUCCCUAGUCGUCUUUCCUGUAAAGAAUUCGCAAAGUAAAAUGAGUUCUCUUCCACGUCGUGGUAGCCAGGUUACCAGUUUGCCUGGCAUAUCUGGCACAGGAUCCACCCUCGCUCAAACAGGUAGGGUUAACGUUUACGACACUCUAGGUCCUUCGUCAACCGGUGUAGGUGAGAAAUUCUCGCUACGUGGACCUAGUGGAGGAGGUAGCCCUGCGACCACUAGCAGCUUGUUUGGUGGAGGAUCGUCCUUUUCGAAUCCUAGUACCGCAGCAAGUUCGAGUGGGGCGAAUUGCAAUGUCGUGGAUAAUUUAUUGGGAUCCAGUUUUUCUGGAGGAGGGUUCCCAGGCAUGUCCGGUUCACCUAGGAACAGCAAUAAUGCGAGGCCAAAAGAAGGUCGGAGGCCAAAAAGUAGGGGAAGCAACAUGGACUCACGACCGACAUUAUUGGAGGAAUUGAGAGGAGGCGAAGAUAUUUUCGGGAAUCGAACCGAACCAACGCCAGAUCCCUUUGCGACACCUACAAAUCGCAAUAGCAUGUCGUCGAACAAUCAGGAGACCUCUCCUGGUGGUGCAAUGACAGCAUCAAUGAGGAGUAAGAGGAUGAGAGAAAAUAACAAGAUGAACGGUUUGGGUGCUACCAGUCCCGGCGGAGGUGAUGACUCAGGUGGAUCCUACGAUUUCCUCAGUGCCUUUUCUUCUGCCAAUUCAGGCAGCAUAAACUUCGCCACCGACACCCAUUGGGUCGACGACGUUAAAAGCUCUUUGGCUAGAGGCAUUCAAUCCGGACUAUUGACUGCAGACUAUAGCAAAUUACUUGUCACCGAGAUCGAAUUUGAUUUGCCAGCUUCUGCUGGAAAUCGCGUGACUGUUCUGGUCGAUUCCGGUGCCCAAACUUCUGCUUUGAGUAGACGAGUAGUCGAUAGGUUAAAUUUGUGGCCGAUAGUGGACAGGAGUUUUGCGAGAAACCUUGGUGGGAUAGCGGGUUCAGUCACUUCCGGUAGUCAUGGCAGACUGCACUAUACCAGAUUACGCCUUGGACCAUCAGGAGCCAGAUUUGACUGUGCCUGGGAAGUUCUAGACCUACCUGGCUACGAAACUGGUUUCGAAGGCAUCAUAGGUUUGGAUUUUUUGGCACCUUCUGGGAUUGUUGACUUGCAAAGGAUGACGUUGGAAUUGACGUCGAAAGCGAAAAAGGAGAAAGUAAUAUUGCCGCUGAGAGCGGAGAAGCCGCCUGGGUCGUAAUGAUGUCUUCAAGUUCUUGGCGGAUGUUUUCAAAUGAAUUUUUUGUUUGAGAUAAAGCGAGGAGGGCCUCCUGGUUAUAAAUGGGUCGUUGACCACAGUCUCUUGUGAAUUUCAUUGAAUCUUCUAGAAGGUUGGGCGAAUGAAAACAUCAAUGAACGGAUGAACAAAGUAGUGAAAGUUCAAGAUUGUUAGUUACAGUUUUUUGCGCUUACCGAUACGCCUCGGACCCACCCUAUAUAAAUGUAAGCAUAGAACGAAAGUCAUACAGAUAAGUACAUGAAUAGCGUAUCGAGUUAGAAAAUUCUAUGGCACAGUGGAGUCACAAUCAUAAAAAAUGAAUACUUGCACAUUGAUCAUAUUUUUAGACGAGAUUGCAACCGCAAUUUUUAUGAAUACUUGCUUUAUUGGAGGAAAAAUGAUUGUUGAAAAAACAUCGUAUGCGUAAAGCUGUUGCAUUUAGUUGCAUGAAUCCCACGAAG